CGGAACUUGGUACGAGUCGUACGAGUAUCUGGUCAUGCCAUUCGGACUCACCAACGCACCGGCAACCUUCCAAGCCGAGAUGAACCACAUUCUACGCCCACUUUUGGACGAAUGUGUGGUGGUGUACCUGGACGAAAUCCAUAUCUACUCGCGCAAUAUGAAGCAGCACGUCAAACACCUGCGACGUGUCUUAAAAAUUCUUCGACGAGAACGCUUCUACUGAAAGUUAUCCAAAAGCGAAUUCGCCAUAAAAAAACUCCAAUUCCUAGAACAUAUGGUGAGCGCUCAAGCAGUUGAUGUCGACCCCAAGAAGAUCGAA